AAUCGAACGGUGCGUUUUUAUUUGGCGGGAAAACUGUGGUGCCCUCGUCAUCAGCUGGUGCUGUUGUAGAAAAUUACAUAUAAUUUCGAACGGAUUGUUCAGUUCUUCAAUUGCGCUAGCGGUGGUAGAGUGAAAGCAGACACCAGCGAUAACUUAGGCAAGCUUUAACCGAUGUCUCAACUGUUUUCGACAACCAGAUCUCUUCGUUCGUAGUGACUCGUAGCCAUGAACGAGAUGCUCGACAAGUUCGAUUCAGCAUCGGACGGCCAACUACUGGAAAAAGAACACUUUUUAGAACCCGAAGUGUCACCGAGUCCAGAGCGCUUCGAGGUGAAAGAUUCAGGCUCUGGUAUGGGCGUAGAAGGGGCACCGGAGAGUUCGAGCCCUGAGACCCGUCCGUACCCUGCCCUGGACGAAGUGCCGCCGAGUAUCGGUGCAAGCAACGGAGGGGAGCUGCUGACAGCCGACACGUUUCAAGGCGGCGAAAGAGCGCUGGCAAGCCCUCUCGGUGUCUGCGCCCCAACAGAUCAUGACGUUGAUCUGCCUGAGGUCGGCAUGAACGCAGUUACGAGCGAUGACGAAAAAUCGGCCGCAAAAUCCGACGGGCGUGGUUCCAAAUUUGGUCCUGCAUCUCCCGACGUUGCAUCACACGACGUCGCGUCACAAGACGUUGCAUCUCACGAUGGAUGCAAGCAACUUCCAGUGGUAGCCUCGGAUGUUUCGGGACCUGCCCGCGACGUUGGUGUUGUGUCUCUCGACACUGCAACUUCGGACGACGAAUGUGACGACCCUCCCGUGCUGGCCCUCCUCCCGCGACGUGGUAGCAGUAACGGCGUUGCGUGUUCCGAUGAAUCCGGAGACGCUUCUGAUGCGUCGCCGAAGCCUUCGGGACGUGAUUUCGCCGACGAGGCCGCGUCAUCCGAUGACGAGCGUCAGAGUGCCAGUGUCGCCGUCGAUGGCAACGAAAAGGCGGACACCGACAGCACGCCCAAACGCCCCAAGGACCAGAAAGUACAGCGCAAGUCUGCUCAGAGAGCGGCUAGUGAGCUGCAACAGAUCUACAGCACAAGUCAGCGGAUGGCCCGAGAGAACAAGAUGGCUCUGCCAUACCACGAGCCUGCCAAGCUGUCGCUGAAGGCCUUCUUGGACCAGAUGCGCUCAAAGCCAUCGCCAGAACAACUCCAGCAGCCUGCCCAGGGUCAUGUCGAGGAGCAAGCCUUGCCCCUUGAAGGCCAGCCGAGUGUCCGGUCGGCCGAAGGCGAUACCCCUGGAACGAGUGCGCCGUUCCCGCAGCCGAACGAAGACUUGCAAGACAGCAAAGAAGCAUUUGAGGUGGACCAUGCGUCGACAAAACAAGAAGGUGGUUCUGCUGACGGCAGUGCAACCUGCCUGAGUGCAGAGUCCGCCACGGGCUGUGUCCGCUUCUCGACUCCUCUUUUGGGAAGACACCGCCGGAACGUCCUUGCCCUGGCUGGCAACCUGACGCCUUGCCUCAGCAAGGAUCCUGUGAUCGUCCUCGGGAACGAGGACGGCCCAAGCGGAGUGGCCAGGUUGCUCGACCGUCUCGUCAAGCACGCCAAGGCGAACCCGGGGAAGGCGAAGGAGCAGCCAAAGGCCAGUGUGACUCCCAACGUUGGUCUCUUCGAAGAAACUUCCAUUCCAAAAUCAGGGCCGGGCCAGCUGGUGGCUCUACGGGAACAGCUGCUGAGGAAGGUGCGCCAGGAGCGUCACCGCUCGCGGCAGGAGCGCUUCCAGCAGAAGCAGUUCUACGACGAGGAGGCUCUGCCGCCCGGAGCGGACUCGCGCUCCGACGACCCCCUUGCAGCUUUGGGAGACGAGGAGGAAGAGGAGAUCCUCUCAGACGUGGAGAGCGCUUCUUCGGCAGACGACAACGACGGCGCCGACACUUCGGACGAAGAGGAAGUGGUUGCAUCGCGCAAGAAGUCGCGUCGAAUCAAUCCCGUUCUCGAGGACGACGACGACGAAGACAUUCCUUCUCCGAAGAAGAACGAAGGUCGGCCUCAGAAAGUCCACGACGUGGAAGAUGACUCGGACGACGGCUUUCUAGAGCUGCCCGCAUUCGACGAUGCAGACGACGAGGACGAACCCUCCGCGUCCGGCGCACAGGAAUCUCGAAGCCAGCUCGAGGACGAUUUGAAGGACCCACUUGGUGCCGGGGGAGUGGCUUCAGCGGCCUCGGCUCUUUCUCCAGAACGUGCUGACAAGAGUUUCCAGUCGGACGAACCGCUGGUCUUCAGCCCACUCACGGGCCUGUUGAGCGUUCGGCGGAAACUUCCUUCGCAGACUGCAUCGCAGGACGUACUGACCCCGGCAUCGGAUGCACUUCCAGCGACUCCUCCGCGCUCCGCCAUCAAGGAAGCUCCAUCCCUGCCCCUCUCCCCGCUGGUCAGUGUCGACAGUGCUUCAGUGACGCCCCUUAGGAAAAGCCUUUCUGGUCGCUUCGAGAGACCCUGGGCAGCCGAGCCGUCUCAGGAUAUGGACGAGCUCGUCGGGCUCUGUUCGGGAUCUUUCGGUGCACGCAAUGGAGCCAGUGAAGCGGGUGACACGGGGAGUCAGUUUGGGGACAAGGCACAUCUUGCAAGUGCCACAGACCCAGAAAACGACGACGUUGAUGAUGUAGAAGGUGACGGUGAAGACGCCAAUGCCAGAGAUGAAGCGGAAGAUGAGGGCGAACACGACGAUCAGGGCCAAGACGAGGACGAAGAUGAAGAUGGUGAGGAGGACAAUGAGGAAGAGGAUGAGGAGGAAGAGAUAGGCAUCACCGAAAGUCGGGCCAAGAAAAGGAGCCUGCGGGACUUCUUUGAGGACGAGGCGGAGCUGUCUGGCAGCGACGUGGGCAGCGACGGGGAGGAGGGAGAGGAGGACGAGGAGGGGGUGCUGGCCGACCUGAUUGCAGCCGAGGACGACAAGGAGGACAGCAGCAAGCUGCGGGAGGAGAUCGGCCGUUUCCACUUCAAGCAGCUCUUGGACGAAGACAAGAGGGAGCUGAAGAUAUACCAGGAGCUCCUCCUCGAAGACGGGGACCUCCACAGCGACGGAACCGGGCGGCAGAGACGCUUCCGCUGGAGAAACAACGAAUCCGGAGACGACGGGGAGGCGCAGAACUCAGACGCGGAAGACGGCGAUCCGCAGGCGGAGCCGGUGGUGGACGCGUCGUGGCAGCUGGAGCGCCUCGAGCGCCAGCGAUGGCUUCAGGACCAGGCAGAUGCGGAGAAAGCAGCAGAAGCUUCAGCCAGAGCCGCACGUCUCUCCGAACAGGAUUCCUCCUCGAACUUCCCUCUUGCCCGAAUGCAGGAGUCUAGGCUCAGCAAGAGGGAGGGCGCCAAGACGCCGGCCGUCUGCGGCUCCUUCCUGAAGCUGGGCACGUCCGUGCUGGACCGCAUCGCCAACCGCAUCAAGGUGGCGGCUCGCGCCGAGAAAGAUGGACUGGUCACCACCAAGAACUUCGUCUUCGGGACCACCGACGACAAACCGCAGAAGAAGCGUCUCAGCAGCAGUCAACCCGGCCAAGGCCCCGCUGUAAAGAAGCCAAAGAUGGAGGUUUCCGAAGAGCCAUCGACACUGAGCAGCAUCUUCAACUUCUUAUGAUACUAGUUCUCUUCUUUUUAGAAUUCUAUUCCCAAUAAAGCUAUUUAUGAAUGUACAACUUCAUCAA